UCAAUUGGAGCCAGCGUGACGCAAAGAUUCCUUCUCCCACUCUCUUUUCCACUGCAGAUGGUACUUAGCUGUUGGCUGAGAUGACGCCAAUUCCACCCCCGAUGGCGAUCGAUCGAGAUGUCGACGCCGAGCGAGGUUGGAGAAAUGGGGAAAGGGGCUACAGAAGGAGGGAGGUCGCCUCGGGGCCUAGGUUCGUGGUCGAGGGACCACAUCGGCGCCGUAAAACCCCGUGAUCUUUUUGGAUCCGUUUGACAGAUAUCCCUCCUUUUUUUCCUUUAUUAUUAUUAUUCUUUUUUUUGUUUUUUUUCGUUUUGGGAGAUGAGAAUGCCCCCUUUCCUUCCAUUCUUUCGUUCACGGGAGGAAAUCCGCACCGCACUGGCCUUAUCCUUUCGUGACCGCGAUAAAAAACCCGCGUCGCAAUCAAUCCACUUCUUCCACAUUGUUGGUAUGUUGGCUGUUUUUGUAGUUGGAGCUGGAUUCCACAUCUUACACCCUAUUGGUAUGUUUGAUGUUGUUGUACUUGGAGCUGGAUUCCUUUGAAGGCUGGUCACUGGGUAGAGAAACUGUCCAUUUGCUUGCAAAAAGAUUGCAUCAUUUUGUGCUCGUCUGGCGUUAAAUCUCGGCCUCUCUCAAUUCUAUGUUUUCUCAUUCUCCUUCUGUGUAUAUCCGAUCGUUCGUCUUCUAGCGGGGCGUUCUUACUUGAACAAUAGAAGGAAAAUGGGAUGUGGGUUGUUGCUUGGUUUCUUAUUCCUAGCAUCCACGCUGUCGGGCCAGGUCUCUGCAAAGGAAUGUACAAACACUCCUACUCAGCUAUCGUCGCACACUGUUCGUGCUCAGCUUAUGUCUACCAAUAAUGAAACAUGGAAGGACGAGAUGCUCUCUCAUUACCACUUGACUCCAACUGAUGAGUCCGCAUGGAUGGACUUGCGCCCUCGAAAGCUUCUGAACUCUAAAGCUCCGCUCGAGGAGCUUGAUUGGUUGAUGUUAUAUCGGAGCAUGAAGGGUUCGGGAGGGGUCGAUGCGUGGCAGAAAGGAGGAGAUUUCCUCGGUGAAGUCUCACUCCAUGAUGUCCGCCUGGAUCCGGAUUCCAUGUAUGGGCAAGCACAGCAGACAAAUUUGGAGUACUUGUUGAUGCUGGACGUGGAUCGGUUGGUUUGGAACUUUCGAAAUCAGGCUGGUCUAUCUGCUCCUGGUAAACCGUAUGGAGGGUGGGAGGGGGCAGAUGUUCAGCUUAGAGGGCAUUUUGUGGGGCAUUACAUGAGUGCGUCUGCUAUGAUGUGGGCUAGUACACACAAUGAUACUCUCUAUGAGAAAAUGUCAGCAGUUGUUGAUGUACUUGAUGCUUGCCAGAAGAAAAUGGGAACAGGAUAUCUUUCUGCUUUUCCUCCCAGUUUUUUUGACCUCUUUGAAGCUAUAAAAUAUGUCUGGGCUCCAUAUUACACUAUACACAAGAUCAUGGCGGGUCUUCUUGAUCAAUAUUCAUUGGCUGGGAACAAUAAAGCAUUACAAAUGGUGGUUUGGAUGGCUGAAUACUUUGGGAACCGUGUGAAAAAUGUCAUAUUGAAAUAUACUAUAGAGAGACAUUGGUUAUCUCUAAAUGAAGAAACUGGUGGAAUGAAUGAUGUUCUUUAUAGAUUAUACAGCAUAACGAAUGAUCAGAAGCAUUUGAUAUUGGCUCAUCUUUUUGACAAACCAUGUUUUCUCGGUUUGCUUGCUCUGCAGGAUGAUAGCCUUUCUGGCUUCCAUGCCAAUACACAUAUCCCAGUUGUUAUAGGAGCACAGAUGCGAUAUGAAAUCACCGGUGAUGCUCUUUACAAGGAAAUUGGAACAUUCUUUAUGGAUAUUGUGAAUUCUUCCCACAGCUAUGCAACAGGAGGAACUUCUGUCAGUGAAUUCUGGUCUAAUCCAAAACGAUUAGCAGAUGCUCUAAGUAGAGAAACUGAAGAGUCAUGUACAACAUACAACAUGCUUAAGGUUUCUCGCAACUUAUUUAGAUGGACGAAGGAAAUGAUUUAUGCUGAUUAUUAUGAAAGAGCCCUGAUGAAUGGUGUGUUAAGCAUUCAAAGAGGCAGGGAGCCUGGAAUAAUGAUCUAUAUGCUACCACAGGGGCCUGGGAUGUCAAAGGCACGGAGCUAUCAUGGAUGGGGAACUAAGUUUGAUUCAUUUUGGUGUUGUUAUGGAACAGGAAUAGAAUCAUUCUCAAAGCUUGGAAAUUCUAUUUACUUUGAGGAGAAGGGAAGUACACCUGGACUCUAUAUCAUACAAUAUAUACCAAGUUCUUUUAAUUGGAAAUUCGGAGGGAUUGCACUCCAUCAAAAAAUAAACCCUGUUAGCUCACAGGACCCAUACCUUCAGGUGACAUUGACCGUUUCUGCAAAUGAGUCAAUUAGUCAGUCUUCAACCCUGAACCUGCGGAUACCUUCUUGGACAUCUUUAGAUGGUGCAAGAGCAACAUCAAAUGGUCAAGAUAUGCAACUACCAAAUCCAGGAAAUUUCUUCAGUGUCACCAGAAAGUGGGCUUCAAAUGACAACUUGGAUCUUCGGUUCCCCAUCACUUUAAGAACAGAAGCCAUAAAAGAUGAUCGACCUGAAUAUGGGUCCAUCCAGGCAAUCCUUUUCGGUCCGUACCUUCUUGCAGGUCUGACUGAUGGGGAUUGGGACAUUAAGACUGGAAAUUCCACCUCCCUUUCAGAUUGGAUCACUGCAGUUCCAACUUCAUAUACUUCUCAGCUGACAUCACUCACCCAGCAAUUCAACAACAUGAGCAUGGUCAUCUCUAACUCAAAUGGUUCUCUCACGAUGGUGGACUGGCCUGAAGAUGGAACUGAUGGUGCUGUUCAUGCAACAUUCCGAAUUUUUGCUCCAAACUCCACGAGCUCACGAGCCUCUGCCCAUAAGAUGGUUGCUGGAAGCUCUGUGAUGCUUGAGCCAUUUGAUCUUCCUGGGAUGGUGGUGCAACAGGGGCCAAAUGGUGGCCUGAUAAUCUCUGGUGCUACAGGAUCAGGAUCUUUAUUCCGCCUGGUUGCUGGAUUGGAUGGGAACCCACACACUGUAUCCUUAGAAUCAGUGAGCCAACAAGGCUGCUUUGUGUCCAGCGGAGCAGGUACCUCAACCAGGAGCAUUCAGCUCAUAUGCCAAGGGGUUUCAGUAUCAGAUGACAUAUCCUUCCGUCAGGCGGCAAGUUUCACUCCUGUUUCUGGAUUGAGGCAGUACCAUCCUGUUAGUUUUGUGGCCAAGGGUGCAAGAAGAAAUUUCCUCCUGGAGCCAUUGCUGAACUUGAGAGAUGAAACUUACACCAUCUAUUUCAACAUUGCAGCUUGAGGAUGCAUUUGUGCCCAGCUAAUUGUACCCUGAGUGUAUCACGAUGACCACCACAAAGCAUCACGUCUUGGUGAAGAUCAUAUACUAGAUCUUGGGUCAUCUGAAGAGUUUGGACCACCAAAACAAAAUGGUUCAAUAAUGCUAUGUGCUACGGAAAAGCCCUAUUCAUGGGAUAAUUCCAUUGGCUCUGAGCCGUAGAAUAAAAUGCCGGUCCUAACAAUAAAACCAUAUGUUCUGUAAUUUUAAUAAUUGUGAGUAAUGAAUAUUUGCACCUGUAAUCUCUUCCACAUUGGAGCUUGAUAGCAUCUUUCUCUGGCAAGUGCACAAAAGUAAUCUUUUCGACCA